CAGUUACAGUACUACUUUCCGCGCUGUCAAACGUCAGCAGAUCUAUUAACGGCCUGCCCUUAUCUUUGCGUUUAUUGUACUCGUCCAGAGUGCUGAAGUUUGUAACAAUGCACCAGCAACUGAGAGGAGAGAGCGAUUACGAACAGCUUCCUGACGACGUACCGGUUUCGGCCCACGUCGCUGAUAUACAACAAGCCAAAGGAAUCUCCGGCUACUUUCUGUUUGUCAUCCAGGUGAAAAUGAAAGGCGGGGGUAGAUACUUCAUAUUCCGUCGCUACCGACAAUUUCACUAUCUCCAGUCCAAGCUUAAGACGAAGUUCAACCCAGAGAAUAACAAGAGCUACAACACAUGCAUCUUGCCUGAGCUCCCAGGGAAAGUUUACCUCGGCAACAAGCAAGAGAUUGCAGAGAAACGAAUACCUGAACUCAACAUGUACAUGAAGAAAGUACUUGCCCUUCCAGCCUGGUUCCUCCUUGAUGAAGAUCUCCGGAUUUUCUUCCAUCAGACCACUGAAGACAGCAUGCAGGUACCAAAUUCUCUCCGGAGACUGAGGCCACCCACUCGGAAAGUUCAAUCCAAAACAACAAAGGGCAUACAGAGCACGGAAUCAGAGGUCCCGAGGGCAGAGGCUCUGUAUAAUUUUACUGGGGAAAAUGACCUGGAAUUGACGUUCAAGGCUGGCGACAUUAUCUAUCUGCUAAACAAAGUAAACGAACAAUGGUUGGAGGACCGAGUUUGCAAACGAGGCUAUCGCCCUGAACUACCGUGACCCAGAAGGAGAUCUGGUCCGCAUCACAGACAACAUGGAUGUGGAACUGAUGGCGCUGGAGGCAGAAGAGAAGCCCAGGGUCACUAAACCAGACUUUGCCCCAUGGCAACUGCAUGUAACAAGGAAGGACGAUC